CCCUGAGGGCCGGAUUUUCCUGGUCCCGCUCUCUAGCCCAAGCAGGAUAAGGGGUGGGGGGUUAUUGCCAGUGGGUGCCCCCCAAUUCCUGUGGAGCAGAGGAGGGGUGCUGCCAUCCCGUCGCAGAGAUGCCGGAUCUCCCUUUCCUGCCUUUUUGCCUCCUCCUGGGCGGGCUGGGCUUCGUCUGCGUGGCUUUCGUCAGCGCCUGGUGCCAGUACUGGCGCGGGGGCUUCGCCUUGGAUGGCAGCGUCCGGACGUUCAACUGGCACCCAGUGCUGAUGGUGAUGGGCAUGGUGGUGCUGUACGGCGCAGCGGCUUUGGUGUACCGCCUGCCCCCCACUUGGAGCGGCCCCAAACUCCCCUGGAAGGUGCUUCACGGCAUGCUAGCCCUGGUAGCCUUUGGCUUAGCCGUGUUGGGGCUAGCGGCCGUUUUUCGCUUCCACAACAACAACGGGACGCCCAACAUGUACUCGCUGCACAGCUGGCUGGGGCUGGUCACCGUGCUGCUCUUCUCCUGCCAGUGGCUGGCCGGCUUCAGCGCCUUCCUGCUGCCCUGGGCUCCUGCCUGGCUCCGUGCUCUCUACAAACCCGUCCACAUCUUCUUUGGUUCCACCAUCCUCAUGCUGUCGGUGGCUUCGUGUCUGUCGGGCAUCAACGAGAAGCUUUUCUUCAGCCUGAAGAACGGGACGACAGAGUACAAGCGCCUGCCUGCUGAGGCUGUCUUUGCUAACACGCUGGGGCUCCUGAUCCUCCUCUUUGGGGUGCUGGUGCUGGGUGCCCUGGCCAGGCCGAGCUGGAAGCGCCCUGACGCUGACUCCCCGGACUCUUGCCAGCCCCUGCUCACCGCCGAGCGCUGACGCCUACACAACAGUCGCGAUCUCUUCCUGCCCUCUCGGAGCUGCCAGCCCUGAGCUCUCUGAACCCCGUUGCUUCUCUGCCUGCUAUGCCGGCCUCACUCUCAGCCUUGCCCUCCUGUGGGAGGAACGGGCUUGACAGAGCCAUUGUUGCGCCAAGGACUUCUCUUUGUCUCCUUCUGUGGCUUGGCAUUGGCCUCCGGAGGAUGAGGGCAGCUGCAGCGCGAUGCUCCUGCUUCCAUCCUCAUGCUUCCACAUGCCAGCUCCUGCUGGCUCCAGUUGGCCUCUCGUGCCUGGGCUUUGGUCCGUGCCAAACUGGUUGCCCUCCCCUCAGUGCCAUCCCUCAACGCAGCGGCUGGAGCUGUCAGAGCUUUGUCAGGUCAGAAGCUACCAAAGGAGCAACCCCAGAGCCCUGCAGCGCUGCUGUCCCCCACCCCAGGACCAUCUCCUGCGUGGGGGGGAGGUGGGGAAUGUGCCUGGCUCAGGGUGGCAGGGAUGGAGGGGACCCUCACACCGUGCCUUGCCCUUCAGCAGGCUGCCUGUCCCUCUCCCUCCACCCCGUGGGCGCUGGGGACCGGCCAAGCGGCUUCCUGGGACCCUCAUCGACACAUAAUAAAACACUGGCUUCUGUA